CCGACGGACGUGGAGCGAGGGCUGCCUGGUGGCGGCGGCCGGCCAUGCGUCGGGCAGCUCUCCGCCUGCGGUCGUUGCUGCCGAUCAUCGUGUGGCGAGGACGCACUCGCAAUCCAAUUUGUGUAAUAUUGAAGAAUAACGAGAUGUUUAUGUCUUAGCUCCUCUCCUCUGUCUGAAGAAGUCUUCGGCUAUGUUAUUGGGCUAAGCUUGCAUCAUCCUAUCAAGUAUGGAGUGCUCUCCAUCAGGCUUUUGGGUUUGCCUCUCAAAAUCGACAAUUACAACUACAUAUUGAUCUUCGGGAGCUCAAGCCGAGCGUCAUGAUCUUUCAGUCUCACAGUAUUUUGCAGAAGGCCAAAGCUCUUGCUGAUGAGGUUGGUGCUGCAGGGAAGCCACUUUUUGCAGCAGAAUUCAAUGCUAUCAAUUACAGAAAUAUAGGCACGAUUGAGGUGGUUGUCCUGACGAUCGACGUUCCACUGAUGGCUUUGCUGUGUAUUUGGGAUCUAAUCUUAUUUCUCGGAAUGCUAGGAAACAACCUACAAUUGCUCGAUCCUCUACUAAAAGUGUUUCAGGUUCAAUACAUUCAUACAGCUGAUCAACUUGCUGAUAAUUUUAGCAAGCCACUUUCUCAGGCUCGUUUUAUUAAGCAUCGUACCAAGCUUUGCCUACAGCAUUGGCGACAUCAGCUUGCCUGGACAUGUUAACGGAUCACAGCUAGCAUUUCCAUCCUAUUUCGAGAUGUUAACGGAAUUGUUCAUAUGAAAAUGAACCAGCAAUCACUCACUGGCAGGGCCGGCUAAAGGCUUAGGCCAUUUAGGUCUAUGCCUACGCCUCCAAAAAGGGAGCCCAAAAAAAUGGGAACAACAGGAGAAACAAAUAAGAGAUGCCGAAUAAGAUGUCGGAGGGGACGCUGGAGGAGAUGCCACAAAGAGAGAGAGAGAGAGAGAGAGAGCAAGAGACUACCCAAGAGACGUCGAUGAGAGUCGGGAGACCAGGAGACACGGUCGCCGACUGGUCCCGAAUAUCACGACAUGUGGGAUGAUUGGAGGAAGGAGACCAAGAGCAAGAGGCAAACGCACGGUCAUUGAUUGUUGCCAACUCUUAAGCCAACCCUGGUCACCAUUUAUUUCUCCAUGGUCUCUUUUUUUUCUCUUUAUUUGUUUGUCUUUUUCUCUCUCUAUAGAUUUCCGUGAUCUAAAACCUAUCAACGUGAUGGCAUUUCAAAUUUGGAACCCAUUGCACCAAUGGGUUUUAAUUGG